AUGAAGCUCAAUGAAAAUGGUGAAGUAGAGAAAUACAAAGCACGUCUGGUUGCAAAGGGUUACACCCAAAAACAUGGUGUGGACGACACUAAAGUCUUUGCCCCUUUGGAUGUUAAGUCUGCGUUCCUGCAUGGAGAACUUAGUGAAGCGAUUUUUAUUGAGCAGCCACCUGGGUAUGAGAAAAAUGUUAGAGAAGUAGGUAAAAUUCUGAUUGCUUGUCUUUAUGUUGAUGAUUUAAUUUUUACUGGAAAUGAUGAGGAAAUGUUCAUUGAAUUUAAAAGUUCUAUGAUGCGUGAGUUUGACAUGACAGACCUUGGAAAAAUGAGGUAUUUCCUUGGUAUAGAAGUACUGCAGAGUGGAGAUGGAAUUUUCAUUUGCCAAAAGAGGUAUGCCCAGGAGGUUUUAGCAAGGUUUAAUAUGGAUAAUUGUAAUCCAGUCCAAAAUCCAAUUAUUCCAGGUUGCAGACUCACAAGGGAUGAAAAUGGAGCAAGAGUAGAUAGUAGCCGUUAUAAGCAAUUAAUUGGCAGCUUAAUGUAUUUAACUGCCACCCGGCCUGAUAUCAUGUUUAUCGUGAGUCUUUUAAGCAGAUAUAUGGAGCAGCCAACUGAACUUCAUUUUCAAGUUGCUAAAAGGGUGUUAAGAUAUAUAAAAGGAACAUUUGAAUUUGGCGUAUUUUAUAAAAGGGGAGGAGAUGCAGAGCUGAUUGCAUUUACUGAUAGUGAUUAUGCUGGCGAUUCUGAUGAUAGAAGGAGUACAUCAGGUUUUGUUUUUCUACUGAAUUCAAGGGUGGUUUCUUGGUUUUCAAAGAAACAAACAAUAGUCACUUUAUCUACCACUGAAGCUGAGUUUGUUACGGCAGCUGCUUGUGCUUGCCAAACAGUUUGGUUGAAGAGAAUUUUGCAGAGUUUUGAUCAUGUUCAAAGUGAUGGUACAACGAUUUUCUGUUAUAAUAGUUCAGCUGUUGCACUCUCAAAAAAUCCUGUACUACAUGGUCAAAGCAAACAUAUAGAUAUCCGGUUUCAUUUUCUUCGUGAACUAACUAAGGAUGGAGUUGUGAAGUUGGUUCAUUGUGGAGCACAAGAACAAGUUGUAGACAUAAUGACCAAGCCAUUGAAGCUAGAUUUGUUCAUUAAGUUUCGAAGUCUUCUGGGUGUCUGUGCCGCUCCAAGUAUAAACUGA